AUGUCUGCGCCCUUAUCAUCCACUUUUCUGAGUUUUCCGUGUAAAAUUGCGGAAAUUCGAUUAGACAGAGCCCUUGCAUGUGGCCAAAACUUCAGAUGGAAGCAGACAACACAAGGGGAAUGGACAGGGGUUAUUGGCAAUGCAGUAUGGCGAUUGAAGCAGUCUGAAACAGAGAUUUUCUACCAAACCUUCCGCAACGUUCACUCCACAUUGCCAAUGAUACACCCAAUGCACAAGUUUUCUUCGGAGGACAGCUUAGAGAGCUGCUGCAAGUGUGUUUCAAAUGGCAAGAAAUCUGAAGACAUUAUGUGCAAUUGCCAAAAAACUGACUUAAAUAUUCUAAGAGAUUACUUACAGCUUAAUGUCAGCUUAGAAAAUAUGUAUGAACUGUGGUCAGAAAGUGACGAAAACUUCAGAAAUGUUGCAAGAACUUUUACUGGUAUUAGAAUGCUAAGGCAAGACCCGAUUGAAUGCCUCUUUUCCUUCAUAUGUUCUUCUAAUAAUAACAUUUCACGGAUAACAUCUAUGGUAGAAAAACUGGCUUCUAAUUAUGGCGAAAAAAUCAUGGAAUUAGAUGGUCAGGAGUACUUUUCAUUUCCACAAGUGUCGUCAUUGGCAAAAGAUGGGGUUGAAGAGCGUUUAAGAACCCUUGGGUUUGGAUACAGAGCUAAAUAUAUACAGAGGUCUGCUGAAUACAUAAUAGGACAGGGUGGGGAAAAAUGGCUGUAUGACUUACGGGAAAUGGACUAUCCAGAUGCAAAGGCUAGCCUGCUGAAAUUGUGUGGAGUUGGGGCUAAGGUAGCUGACUGUGUGUUACUGAUGUGUUUGGACAAGCCGGGAGCCAUUCCUGUGGACACCCAUGUAUGGCAGAUAGCUGCACGAGAUUACAUGCCAAAGCUGAAGCAAGCAAAGUCUCUCACUGAUACACUGUAUAAUGAGAUUGGAGAUCACUUCAGAAGUUUAUGGGGGCCUUAUGCUGGAUGGGCUCACAGUGUACUCUUUACUGCUGACCUCCGCCAGUUCCAAGAACCUGGAUCAAAGAAGCCAAUGGUACCAUCACCUGGUAAAAGAAGACAGACAAUGAAAAUGGACAAGCAACCAGUCAAAAGAUCACACUAUGAAGAAACAGACGAGAAACCAGUCACAAAGAUAUCAAAGAAAGGAAAGAAAAAAUCAAACGCAUGAAAAUAAAACAAAAACAUAUGUACUUUCUUAAAUGUAAGUGUUUGAUUAUCAGACAAAUUUCCUAAUAAAAUUGAAAAUGAUGAUGGAUUCAGAAAUAAUCAAAGUGUAUUUGAAACUUUCAUUCCAAAUAUUGGCAUGGCAAUAGCACAUUAAUGUUUAUUUCAACAACUUCUGUGUGAUAUAUUUAACAAUUAGUCGAGACAUAAUGAAUGACAAGAAGAAUAAGUUCAAACCAUGAAUUAUUUUUGUACAUUCAUAGCAUCCACAUUAUGAUGUUUUGACUCCAAAGAGAAUAUUAAACAGAUGCAUUUUCCAUGAUUUUAAACACAAAGUUCAAUUAAGGAAUGAAUUGUGGGGCUGAUGUCAUUAUCGGGGUAUGAACGCAAUUGGGCUGGUCAAAGUGUGUGGAGUCCGCGCGUACUUUGACCAGCCCAAUUGCGUUCAUAUCCCCGAUAAUGACAUCAGCCCCGCAAUUCAUUACUUAUAUUUACACCAAAUGUGCAUUAUUUCAUUCAAUAAUUGUUAAAAAAAACUUCAUUUCAUUUAAGAAAACCUUUCAGUAAUCCGUCCUUACCCAUUAUGUAAAUAGAACGACCCGACUGUAACCGGAGACAAUUUUUUCAAAUGACGUCACAAUAACGCGGGAAAAGAUCAACCACUUGAAAUCACUUUUAAAUGUAAAAUUGAAACACUUAUGGUAACAAUACAUUUUAAAUAUAAUAAGUUAACACUUUCUAAAAUGUUGAUUUAUAUUUUACGGGACCUGCUGACAAAAUAUAAACAAUGACAAGAUCAAUAGUUUCAAUGUAUAUUGUUAUGCGAGGAAUUGCGAUCCGAAGAUGACAUCGGAUGAUAACCGCAAUUGCCGAAAGGCAGUUCAUUUAAGGAAUGGCAGUUGAGGUGUUAAUAUUCACCUAUGUUGUGAAUCCCAUGCCUUUGCUGCUACUGUUUUUUUAUAUUAUAUUAGCAAAAUAUCCUAUUAUUUAAAUUACAUGAUAAUUAAGUAGCAAUACUAAGCAAUUCAUUCUGAUUCCAAAGAUAUUUUCUAGCAAGCUGAAUUAAUUAUAACAUUUUUACCAACUACACAUCACUGUACCAUGCUGUAAUUCCCAUAUACAUGAUGCUACUUACAAUUUUGUUUAAAUACAAAUAUCCAUAGUUUAUACUCUUGAAAAAACUAACCAUUUUACAGUGGUAAGUCAACAAGAGGAACGUGCCCAUGUGGACAGACCAUACAACUAGGAAAACUAGUUGUUGUUACUCUCUACAGUGCUCUUAUCUAUCUUAAUUUUUGAAAAUGUAUGCAUGAUGUAAAUGUAUGCAUGGAUAUAAUAGGAAACGACUUUUGUAAAACUUGUUUCAAUAUUGUAUCUUUGUAAAGCCAUAUGCUUUUAUUUCUAAGUCACCAGCUUUUGUUGUGUUUUGAUAUGUUAUGUAUGUUUGUUAUUCAUAUAGCUAGUGUUUCUUGUUAGCAUAUACUUGACUUUAUUGAGUAAAAAUUAUGGUAUCU